CACCUCACUCCCUGUAUAGGACCAUGAAAGGCCGUCCUGAUGACAAUGCCCAUCCUUGCCCAAAGAAGGCUGUUGGCGAUCGAUCCCUCGCGUGGUGGAACGGUGAAAGCUAGGCCUUACUGCUGGACGACGACCAGGCCCACGACCGACUUCGCCCUGUGGCUGUGGUCACCGAUCGAUAAACGUCUUGCUGCGAAGGGGCAGCCGAUCGAUCUUCUUGGCUCACGCCCGACCCUCUGCUGCUCCGCACCCUCGCCAUGGCCAUCUUCAGCUUCUGGAACCGCACCGAGCCUGCAUCCGCGACGGCUGGCGCCCGCGCCCCCGCGUAUGAGCCCGUCUUCUUGGACGCGGACGACGAUGAGAAGCAUGGCCGGAAUGGGCACGCCGUAGAUGCGCACAAAGGCGCAGUGGAAGGCUUGCAUGCCAGCAUCGGCGCUGGCGAUGCCGCCCAGAGCGACGAUAAGCAGCGUGCCGAGCGCGAAGCCGAGAAGGCCAAGGAGCGCGAGACGGCCAGGAGCCACUCUAUUAGAUUCGCACCGCUCUCCAUCCCACGGCAUCGAAGACUGCAAACCACUGCCGUCCUCCUCUGGGAGAUCUUGCUCCCGUUGGGCCUGCUUGUGUUCUUUUUCCUGUGGUCUAUUCCUAUCCUCUGGCCAGUCCUCUUUCCGUAUCUCAUCUGGGUCCUACUAGUAGACAGAGCCCCUGAGUCCGGUGGGAGGAGGGUGACCUGGGUCAGGCGUCUACCCGUGUGGCGAUAUUUUGCCGAGUACUAUCCCGUCAGCUUGAUCAAGACUGCCGACCUGCCUGCGGACCGGCCGUACGUCUUUGGCUACCACCCACACGGCAUCAUUGGCGUUGGCGCCGUGGCGAACUUUGCGACUGAAGCGACCGAGUUUGCGACGUCCUUUCCCGGCCUCCGGCCGCACCUGCUCACGCUCGCAACCAACUUCCAGAUCCCCAUUUUCCGCGACGUCAUCAUGAGUUUCGGCAUGUGCUCGGUCAGCAAGCACAGCUGCGAACGCAUCUUGCGCAAGGGCCCCGGCAAUUGCAUCACCAUCGUCGUCGGCGGCGCGACGGAGAGCCUCAAGGCGCACCCGGGCACCGCAGAUCUGACGCUCCGCCGCCGGCUGGGCUUCAUCAAGAUCGCCAUACGAGCUGGGGCCGAUCUCGUCCCCGUUUUCUCGUUCGGCGAGAACGACAUCUUCCAGCAGCUAAGCAACGAGAAAGGCACCGCAGUGUAUGCAUUCCAGAAGCGGUUCCAGUCGGUCUUUGGCUUCACUCUGCCCCUCUUCCACGGCCGUGGGAUCUUCAACUACCAUCUUGGCCUCCUGCCAUAUCGGCAUCCGAUCGUCAGCGUCGUCGGUCGCCCGAUACACGUCCAAAAGACUGCGAACCCCUCAAAAGAGAUGUUGGAGGACAUCCAGCGGCAGUACAUUGACGAACUCAUGCGGAUCUGGGACACGUGGAAGGACGCAUAUGCAGCAAAUAGAACCAAAGAGCUCACUAUCGUCGACUGAACUGCCGCCCUACAAGUGGACAAUGUGCGUCCACUUGUUUCAUUAUCCCCCCAGGGCCCCGGCCAUCCUCACCAACCCCCGGCCCACAAUCACAUCUCCUUCAUUCAUUCAAGGCUUCUUCCUUUCAGGAAAGGGCACCUGCGACUGCAAUGUGAUGCCCACUCCCCAUCCCCUUCCCCGGCGCCCGCACCUGCGUCGACCGGCAUUUCCUGUAUUUCUAGAUUCCUUGUUCACUCACAAUUUGGUAUUUGC